AUGGCCCAUAAUCUGGCUCAAUGUAGGACAGUCAUUCAAAAGGCAGUCUCGGGUGGCGCGAAGGCUCUUUUCCUACCUGAGGCUUCGGAUUGGAUCUCAUCCUCCCCGGACGAGUCUCUUUCUCUAUGCCGACCCGCCGACAGGUCGCCAUUCCUGCUUGGUCUCCAAGAGGACGCAAAGAAGCACUCACUCCCGAUCUCUGUCGGCGUUCACGAACCUUCAACAGACCCGCAGAGCAAAAAGAUCCGAAACACGCUCCUAUGGAUCAACGCUCAAGGCGAGAUUGCACAUCGAUACGCCAAGGUGCAUCUCUUCGAUAUCGACCUACCGGGCCGGCCGCCCAUGAAAGAGAGCCAGACCAUUGAGCCUGGCAACGAGAUCUUAGCACCAUUCGAGACGGUCGUUGGCCGGAUAGGCUCGAUGAUUUGCUUCGACUUGCGAUUCCCGGAGAUCUCACUCGCGCUCAAACGACAAAAGGCUGAUGUGAUCUUGUAUCCUUCUGCCUUUACCGUGCCAACAGGCAGGGCCCACUGGCUUCCUCUCCUGCAAGCACGAGCGAUCGAGUGUCAAGCCUACGUCAUUGCUGCUGCGCAAGUUGGCAAGCAUAAUGAGAAGCGGACAAGCUAUGGGCACAGCAUUGUCAUCAGCCCUUGGGGGGAGGUGAUUGCUGAGCUUGGUGGCGAGUCCAAGGAAGAGCCGGAAGUAAUCUUUGCUGAUAUCGAUCUGAAUCGGAUCAAGAAGGUCAGGGCGGAGAUGCCGCUGCUCCGGAGAACGUAA